ACUUUGUGCCCGCCGCCAAGCUGAUCGGAGGUGUUCUGUGCACGAAAGACCGUGACUUUAAAGGGCGCUCUACGUGUUCCGAUAAAAGUUAAAAGGUUCAUUGUCAAAUGAACCCCAAGUAGAAUAAACAAUGAACCUAAAACGCAUUUAAUACAAAAUUUUAUCUAACGCGGGUCGCUCCUACGAAUCCGAAAAUGUUGUCAUUCUAAGUCGCCAUUUUGGUUGAUGGAAUGUCUUGUGCGAAUGGUGUGUUCUCAAUUUAAACAAAUUUUGUGACUUGCCGGUGUUUUUUUAAAAUCUUUUCGAGUGUCGUGCAUUCCUCGAACACUCAAGAUGACCCAGCAAACAAACACUACAAACUGGGUAAUCCAGGGAUCAAAUGGCCACCCACAAAUGGUCAAGUUGGUCCAGUCCACCGGGAAACCGAUCAGCGGCAUCAUAACACCGACGAUUCAAGGGACAUCCGUCAGAAUAUUUAAAUCACCGACCGGUGUCGAAUCUUCACAGGGUUACAGCAAUGCAGCAACGGCGCAAGUCAUCAGAACGUUAACUUCUACGCCAAAAAUUGUAACAAAAACUGUCCCCAUACAUGUGAGCAGCAAAGGUACGAAGACGGUUAGGUUAACUCCUUCGCAGAUGCAAAACAUAAAAUUUAUGAACAGCGGAUCAAAAAUGGUUCAUAUACAGCAUACACCAACGUCAGCAUCGGUUCCAGUUAUACAGCAUUCGUCGCCUAUAAAGCAACAGCAAAUCGUUAAAAAUAUAUCGCCCCCAAUUCUUUCCAGAAAAAGGGUGGAACAUAUGGAGUCUUUGGAAUAUACGCCCGAGUCAAAACGGGGUAGAAAAACCGAUAAAAUCAGUAAAGGCCUUCGACAUUUUUCCAUGAAAGUAUGUGAAAAAGUAAAGCAAAAAGGUACGACGACUUAUAAUGAGGUGGCGGACGAACUGGUGGGCGAGUUCACAAAUUCCGCCAAUUCUAAUUCUUUGGCGGAUCAGUAUGACCAGAAGAAUAUCAGGCGAAGGGUGUACGACGCCUUAAAUGUUCUGAUGGCCAUGAAUAUUAUUUCCAAAGAGAAAAAGGAGAUUCGGUGGAUUGGUUUGCCCACUAAUUCUCUGCAGGAAUGCCAGCAACUAGAAAAGGAAGUCCACAGAAGAACUAACAGUAUUCAAGAGAAGGAAAAACAAUUUUACGAAUUAAUUAUGAGUCAAAUUGCCUUCAAAAGCCUUGCCCAGAGAAAUAAAGAAGCCGAAAAGGUGCACGGGUCGCCUGGACUAAACUCAUUUAUCCAACUUCCAUUUGUAGUAGUGAACACAAACCGAAAGACUGUAAUUAACUGUAGCAUUUCCACCGACAAGUCGGAAUAUCUCUUUCAAUUUAGUGAUAAAUUUGAAAUUAGUGAUGAUCUGGAAAUAUUAAAACAAAUAGGAAUGCUUCACGGUCUCGACACAGGAACUUGCACCCCUGAAGAUUUGGAAAAAAUUAAGAAGCUUAUCCCAGAAUCUUUAUGGCCAUAUGUUGAAAAAUUAGCUACUGGGAACAAAGAUCCUUUGGAAGAUCUCCUCAAUACCACGCGUGCCAGUACAUCAUCCAUGUCUCAUACUCUUGAAGAAUUCGUUGAAACGUCGCUUGAAGAGGAAAAUUCUCGACAGUCGAGCAGCAAUGACCCCAUGUCACCGACCGCGGCCGACUAUAGCGAUGAGGAUGUAGAUUCAGACAUGUCAAGCGACAAUGACCUUAAUUAAUAAUAAUUUAU